UGUACCUCCCUCGGCAAGUAACAAAUCGAGGUUGAGUCACCGGCCAAACUCUCGCCUCCCUCAACCAACAGAACCCAUGAAAAUUCAGGACACCCUUCGGACGGGUAGUUUAAAGCGGCGUGCGUGCGGAGGCGCCUGAUCCUAAAUGUAUGCAGCCGCACACGCAAAGGUUGUGCGGGUCUCGUGCAAACUCCAAACGGUGCCAACCCCAUCGCUGCGGUUGCACUUUUCCUCGCCGCCUGCGUUUUCUGCGCUUUCUGCUUGCUCCUCCCGCCGCUUUCGCUCCCUCGCCAAACUCCAAGCAGCAAAGCCAUCACCGCAGCUUCGCCAACCGAGUGCGGGCAUAGUUCCCACAUCGCCGUUUCCCAAUUCUACUUCCCGGCUCGUCGAGGUCAGUGGGCGAACUCGGCCGAGUGCCCCUCGCUUUAUCAUCGUCCCCUCCUCCCGACCGCACCAGGGUCCUCACCCCGCCAUCACCAUCCUCCCUCCACCGACCGGCAUGCUGUGCUACGUCCAGAUCCUGAGCACCCCCACGGCUGACACGCCGGGGGGGUGCCUCAUGCUGCAUUUCGACAAUCGCCGCUACCUCUUCGGUCGCAUAGCAGAGGGCACGCAGCGCACCAUGGUCCAGCGCAAGGUGUCGCUCGCAAGGAUCCAAGAUAUCUUUCUCACGGGAUGCAUCGACUGGGAGGCCACCGGCGGCCUGCUCGGCAUGAUCCUCACCCUUGCCGACCUCAAGGCCGCGUCCAUCGCCGACAUCGAACUCACAAACGAAAAGCUACGCAGGCAGGGCAGGAAGGAAAAGGACAAGGACCAAAUGGCUCUUUCUCAUUUGAAUAUACAUGGUGGAAAGAACCUGGUACACCUGCUCGCCUCUGCUCGCCGUUUUAUCCUUCGGAAAGCCCUCCCCGUCCACACCAGGGAGCUGCAGUGUGACCCCCGCGCCGACCUGGAGGGGAAGGACGACCCGGACUACGAGGAUGAGAAUAUCCGUGUCUGGUCUAUCCCGUUGUCGAAAGAGAAACCAGCGGCCCGUCCCUCCGGGGAGAGCUCACCCAAGAAGCGGAAGCUGAGCUCGUCAUCAGAGCCGCGCGAGAAUCUGGUAGCAGAGGAAGCGGAUCAGAAUAUCAGAGAAGCCGUGGUCAAGGACAUGUUCUGUUCCAAGUGGAAGCUCGAUACCCUGCGCGAGGUGAAGCUUGCGGACGUGCAGCUGCCAGCCCAGAUGUUUAUCAGAAACGAGCAGGGCCACAUUGAGCCUUACACCGGCCCCCCCGCCUCCGAGUCUCCCAACACCAAGGUCCUCGUCCGGAUGCCUUGGCCGGCGUCUCAAAUUCCCGAACUCCCCCCCACGAAGCCGUCCAAACAGUCCAUGUGUUAUAUCGUGAAGUGUCAUGCGCGGCGCGGCAAGUUCGACCCCCAGGCCGCUACCAGCCUCGGCGUCAUCAGGACCGACUUCAAAAAGCUCACUAAGGGUGAAUCUGUGCCUGGGAAGGACGGGUCCAUCGUCACUCCAGAUAUGGUCAUGGGGGCGCAGAUUGAAGGUCGCGGUUUUGCCGUCAUCGAUCUUACGUCCCCGGAUCUGAUCGAUGAUUUGCUCGACCGUCGCGAAUGGUCGAACCCGGAGAUCAUGAAGGGAAUUGAUUCCGUGUAUUGGAUCCUUUCCGACGGUAUCACGCUUGAAAGCGAAGGGGUGCAGCAAUUCAUCAAGACACACUCGUCAGCCAAGCACAUGGUGCUAGGCAGCGCCGUGUGCCCCAACGUCCCGGCCCUCGAGUCCCCUACCUCCCAACUCAUCAAGAUGAAUUGUGUCGAUAGAGACAGGUUUCCUCUCCCCGUGUUCGACACCCAACCGAAGUCUAAACUCGGUGGAGAAUUACAAUCUACCGCCGAGGUCGGCCCCCCCGGCCUCAAAUAUCAGCUUGCUCCAAAACCCUCGUUCGUCACGGACCUUGUCGUCCCACCAAUGGAUACUAAGCGACCUCUCUGGGAGCUGUCCACGUACACGCCACAGGUCAUGAAGCUAGCCAAGAUUGCCCAAAAGGCCGUUUCUGAGCCGGCCUUCCUUGCUAAGGUGGAAAAGUCGCAGCAGGACCUGCCCAGCCCGCAGACCGAAAUCGUCCCGCUCGGUACCGGCUCGGCCAUGCCGUCCAAAUACCGCAACGUGUCGGCCACUCUGAUUCGCGUCCCCGGCUGGGGUAACUACAUUCUCGACUGCGGCGAGAACACGCUCGGCCAGCUCCGUCGUGCCUUCGGUUACGAGGGUGCCGAUGAAGUCCUCCGGGAUCUCCGCGCCAUCUACAUUAGCCACGCCCACGCCGACCACCACCUCGGCACCGUCAGCGUCAUCUCCCGUUGGCGCGAGGUUGCCCCCGAGGACAAAAAACUGGCGCUCAUCGCCACGUCAAAGUACCAGGACUUUAUUCGCGAGUUCCACCAAGUCCAAGACCUCAGCCCGGAGCGCAUCAUCCCCGUCACCCUCCGCUGCGUCGGCAACCCGCUCCCUGGCCGCCACGGCGAACCCAUCUUCCCCCCCAACGUCGACGGCAAGACCCUACAGCUCCCGCACAUCGAAUCCUGCUUCGUCGACCACUGCUACGAAGCCACCGCGGUCGUGCUCACCUUCCCCGACACGGGCCUCAAGCUGGCCUACUCGGGCGACUGCCGGCCCUCGCGGCAGUUCGCCGAGCUGGGCCGCGGCGCCCACCUGCUCAUCCACGAGUGUACCUUCGAGGACGAGCUCGGCGGCGACGCCCUCGCCAAGAAGCACUCCACCUUGUCCGAGGCCCUCGACGUCGGCCGCCAGAUGGACGCCCGCCGCAUCCUGCUCACCCACUUCUCCCAGCGCUACCCCAAGCUGCCUGUUGUUGAUGAGAGGGCCCUCAAGACCGACGGCGGCCGCCGCGAUGUCGAGGUGCUGUUCGCGUUUGACAUGAUGCGGGUGAAGUUGGGUGAGUUUAAGCAGGCGGGGCUGUUCCUGCCCGCGCUGAGGGAGUUGUUGAAGGAGGUGGAGCGCGUGGAGGAGGGGGGUGUAUGAUAUAUCAGUUGAUGAUAGAGGGUAUGGCAUGUAGGGGGGUUUGUAUAGUAGUGGCAUGGGCGGUGCAUUGUGGUGCAUAGAUGUCAUAGACGCAGCGUGGGGGGUACCCCAGCAUGAUUGGAACCAUCGUCACUAAAUACUUGGGGGAGUUGGUUAUAGAAUACAGUUGGCUCUUCUCUAUCUUCAAAAUGGUCUGUCUGGCUGCUAUUUUGGGUUCUGUGUUCUCCAGUAACAAUUACUUGUCAGUUCAGGUUUGCCUCGCUCUCACAUCUCACGCCUCCCCCGUUACGGUCAGGACAGACAACGAAUCUAUAACAUCC